AGUCUACAGAGCAAAAGGUUGAACAAAAACGAAAGUACAGAAAAAAUGAAUAAUUCAUCUUCUAAUAAUCGUGAUCUAUUAACAAGAACCAGCAAUUUAUUAAGAACUGCAUUGUGCCAAUUGGAAACUGGAAAUGUCUCAGAAACGAGUUCCUCGUUCUCGGAACAAGGACCAAGCGCUUCUACUUUUUCGGCAUCGCCAUCGGGGCAAUCUUUGCAGCAAGGAGUCCAAAGACGAAGUGCCUCCUCUGUUUCAGGGCAAGGUCGAAGUGCCUCAGACGAUUUCAGAAGGGCAUUUCCAGGAAUGUGUUCUAGAAACGUCACACGCCCAUUACCUUCUGGCAACUUACAGCCACCAGUGAAAAAAACAAAAGGAUCAAUAAAAGGUUAUGUUCCACUGCGAUUCCAGCCAGCAGAGACUUGGACCCAUGACAUAUGUAUUCUAGGCAGGUGUAAUGAGAGUUUAACACCAGACAGACACCGACUUGACUCCCUUAUGGCAGCUGGGCUUGGCAAAAUGAAAGUCGUUUUUCCUAACAAGAAUGCAUCUCAUGAAGAACUACAAAAAUUCAUGGAAGAAAAGUUUCCAAAGAUGAAAGGAUCGGGAGGGUUUGAAGUUUUGAGAGCUGUUGGAGGUGGUGGAGGACAAAGGGUACUCAGUCUUAUCCCACCAAGCAGAGAAGGAUAUUCUGUAUCAUAUCUCAAAGAAAGGUUGGGCCAGGCCGUAGCCUAUUUCCGUCCACUACAAAUUGAUUUGGAUGAAACUGAAGUGAAAUAUGAUGAUGUUGGUCCAGUUAUCAAUUGUAUCAAAUGCAGCACUAGCUUCACAUAUGGUGAAUUUAAAAAUCACCAGCUUGUCUGCAACCCUGAUGGGCAUAAAAAUAUGGAUUUGUAA